AUGGCAAGCUUGUCUUCAAAUCGAUCCAAUGCUUCGAGGCGUUUUACCCCCGGUGAUGUUCUUCCCUUCGAUUUUGAGCUUGAUCCCAUCGAGAUGAAGGAAUGUAUGUCACCGGCUAGCAUGCUGACGCCAGACGGCACAAGCGGCGACUGCUUUUCCAUCUGCUUCUUUACCACUUGGCUUUGUGAGGGCAUUUUUGACAUAGCCGACAAUGUGUGCGAUGCCUAUGCGGAUAUAGGAGCAGCAGGGAUGGGAGCGGCCAUCACGGCCGGCAUCGCCGCAGCGAUCCCGGGUGUGCUUUGGGACUUGCCCAUCGCUGCAACGAUUGGCUUGCUGGCGAAGGAGUUCCUGGAGCCCCUCUUCGACCGGAUCGUGGAGCGCAUCUGCCAACCUUCUGAUGCUCUUGGCGACACAAUCUCGCUCACCGACGAGUGCAUGGACUCCAUGAAGAUGUACGGGGACAAGCUCACUGGCAUUGUGCAAAAGGCAGGGACGACUCUCAAUGGCAUGCUGCAGGGUAACCUCCAGGACUGCUGCAGCACGGUAAUGCGAAGGCGCCGACGGCUUGGCUACUGCAGCAAUGUGGAGCGUCGUCGCCGCUGCAAGAUCGACUGGAACCCCACCGAUGUCGAUGGGUGCUACAACCCUGAGGACGAGCUAGAAGAGCUUUACGAGGAGGGCAUCACCAUUUCCGUGCACAGUGCUUCAGACCUUCCUGACACGGACACCUUCGGGCAGAGCGACCCGUACGUUAUCUGCAAAGAUGAGUAUGAGGACGAGGACGAGUUUCAGACGAAGACUAUGCACGACGCAGGCGCCAACCCAGUGUGGACGCAGGGUGGUGACGGCUGGCUAUCGACCUGGGAGGCUGGCGAGGAUGUGCAGUGCGAGAUUUGGGAUGAAGACACCGGCCGGCCGGAUGACCUGAUCGGCACGUUUACCAUUCCCGCCAAAGUGCUCAACGGUGUGGAGGGCUUGAAGGACGACGAGGAGAUCAACUGGGAGUCCGAGGUCAAGCUUCACGGGGAUGACGGCUGGUUUCCGUUUCCCUUGGCGGCCAACAAAAGCCCCGACGAGACCAAGCUCGAAGUGAGCAAGUCCUCCAUGGCUCAGAUCUCCGAGGCGAAGAGGCCCCGCCCGACUGCCAGGGGAACCGGCAGACCCGGCGGGGGCCAACGCCCUCCGAAUUGCCCGAAUAACAACAACUUGAUUCGCUGCAGCACGGCAAACGCUCGAAACUGUAUCCCAGCUUGCGACAUCUACCAGCAGUGCGUCGAUACCCGCCCUGCUCGCAGACCAGAGACCAGAACAACCCCAAGCUUCGGGACUGUCAAAGUCUGCCGUCCAAGAGGCGGGGGAACCAGCGAGAAUGCCAAGCUGGUCAUUCCCGAAUAUGCGAUCCGGGGAGUUGAAGAAAUAGGUCGAGAUUUGUCGACCGCAGCGAAACGGACGCAGCGUCAAAAGCAGAAUGCUCUAUGGCAGGUGGCAAGCGACAACUGCAAACAUCAGUUUCCCGACUGGUUCAAUUGCUGCUUGCUCAUCAACGCCAAAGGGCAGCGCACACGUUUUGUCACACACAUCCACAACAAGAAGGCCCAAGGGAACAACUUGAAUCUCAUUCGGCAGAAGCUGGUCGCCAACCCGAUCAACAUCUGCAGCAGAAGAGACUGGAGCAGCGCGGCAGACUUCUCCAUCGUCACGAAGUAUAGGCCAAGGAACAUUGCGACCGGACCCUUCUCGGUUCGGAAGACGUGCCGGAAGGUCUGGGCUAAGCUCUUACGGUACGCGGACAUGCGCGAUGGUGUCUUCACAGAAGCUUUCAGAGGCCCAGCUCGAGCAUACCCUGACCUUGGAAAAUUCGGGCUGGCGGUCAUUUGGGUCAAGUGUGGCACAGCAAACAAGAGGGUGUUGCUGGUGAAUGACAACAGGUGCUCACUUGAGCACACUUUGUUCCAUGGGAAUCCCAUGGACCUCGGACCUGCCCUCACUACCCCUCGCUGA